AUGGCGCUGCGUGGUUUCCAAGUAAGGUCAAUCAGCUUGCCUUCAAGGCUACAUACCUUAAAAUCCACAAAAAUUGAAUGUCAGCUACAAAAGCUAAAAUCAUGGCACAAUCCCAGUUCCCUUUCCCCAACAGCUCCAGUCACCUCAGAAACAGUCCAAUCAGGUCUUCUAAGUCUCGCGGGUUUGUGCAAUUCUUUAUCCGAAAUUGAUACCACCAAACAAUCGCUGGAGGACUCCCUGGAGAACUCAAUCGAGCUGAUCGACUCGUGCAACGCGAUUAAAGAAACGAUCUUGAUGAUCAGGGACAACGUGCAAUCCCUCCAGUCAGCAUUGCGGCGCAAGGGUUGUCUGGAUGCCGACAUCCAGCACCAUAUAUCAUCGUAUUUAUGCUUCAGGAAGAAAAUGCACAAAUCCGUGCAGAAGAGUGUGAAGAAGCUCAAGAAUUUGAAGCACAGCAAUGCAGAUGGAAAUUUCUGGAAGUUUCUGACAGGCUAUGCGGUUGCACUUUUCAGCAGCGUUUUAGAGUUGCUGUCCAGGCCUGUGACCAAACAGGGAAGUUGGUCUCUGGUUUCCAGGCUGAUGCUGGCGAAAUCAUCGGCCUCUGCAAGAGAAAACAGUGCCGGUAAUGAAAUGGGGAGAGUUGAUUUCGCCGUGAGAUCUCUCCAGGGAAGAAUCAGAGACAAAAGUGUCACGGGUUUUGAUGUGCAGCUGGUGCAGAAGGGACUCAAAAAUCUGGAUGACGCCAUGGAAGGAAUUGAGAUUGGACUGGAGAGAUCGUUUAGAUCGUUGGUAGAAAUUAGGGUUAAACUCCUUAACAUUCUGACUGAUCGUCUUUAA